GCACUUCUGCAAUUGUGUAAUAAUACCAAAUCGUCCGAAUUUCUUUGGCCGGAGAACUAAGAAUGGAAAGCACAACUCACCCAGACCCUGCAGGAUGAUAAACCCGCAGAUGUUUAACACCGGAUGCCAGUUAAACUCUGCUUGUCUUCCGUCCCAGGCCAAACCAUUUUGAAAGUGAAGAACCCAACGUAACACGAAGAUGAUGGCGAGAACAGCGACCAAACCGGCAGACGACAAGAAUAAAUGCACCACUUUCGGAGCCUCGAUUUAGCCACACUGGAGAGAGUCAUCAGCAGAGUGUCUACACGUUUGAAGAGCACAAUAGGAAGACCCUCAGCUCCACUGGGGUCAAGAAUUUUGAACAACCCUGAUGACAUCUUUAAGCACAAUAUGUGGGAUCAUGUGGAGUGGACAGAGGCGGACAAACAUAAUGCACAACUAAAAGCUGCUGAAAACUCCAAGGUGCACAUUCCAUUAGGGGAACAAGGCAAAUUCGAUACAGAAGCUCACCACUACUGGGAUAAGUUUUACGAGCUCCACGAGGGUAAAUUCUUCAAAGAUCGCAAGUGGCUGCUUUUGGAAUUCCCAGAACUUCUUCCAUCUGAUUCCAAAAGCCAAGAGAGGGGCUUUGAAGUAGAGAUGGAGGCUGAACACCAUCAACGCCACAGCCGUACACACUUUGACUGUACUUCAGAUCAUCAAAAAAAUGAAGAAGCCAUGGGACUUACUUACCCUGGACAACACACCUCUUUCAGGAUAUUGGAGGUUGGAUGUGGGGUUGGCAACAGCGUAUUCCCAAUUCUUAAUCAUGUCAAGGAAAACAGUGCAUUUUUAUACUGUUGUGAUUUCUCCCCAUGUGCUAUUCAGCUGUUGAAGAGUCAUCCCGACUACGACCACUCUGUGUGCCACGCUUUUGUGCAUGAUAUUUGUAAGGAUGAAGGUUCUCUUCCCUUUCCUCCACAGAGUCUGGAUGUUAUUCUUGCGGUUUUUGUGCUCUCCUCCAUUCACCCAGACAGGAUGCAAGGAGUCGUUAACAGGUUAUCCUCCUACCUGAAAUUUGGAGGGAUUUUCCUUUUUCGGGAUUAUGGACGAUAUGAUUUGUCACAACUCAGGUUUAAGAAGGGUCGGUGCUUGUCAGACAAUUUCUACACGCGAGGAGAUGGUACUUGUGUUUAUUUUUUUACAAAAGAUGAAGUUAAUGCUUUAUUUACCAACGCUGGAUUGGAGGAAGUUCAGAAUCUGGAGGAUCGACGAAUUCAAGUUAACAGAGGGAAAAAAGUUUCAAUGCACCGGGUGUGGAUGCAGAGCAAAUACAGGAAAUUACAUCCAAGUUCACCCUGUUAACACCCUGUCAUGCACAUUCUUUUAGUGUCAUUUAGAGCGCUUCUUUAGUUUUAUACUUUGGACUUGAGCAACUGUGAUGUCAUUUUCAGUCGCCAUCAAGUGUCAAAAUGGCCGCCCCCUGAGAUGGAUUAAAAACAGGUAUUUUAUGCUCGGGAAUCAUUUGGUGAUCUAACACCCCAUUUCAACCCCUUACACUGAGUGGCAAGCAGGGAAGAAAUGGGUCCCAUUUUUAUAGUCUUUGGUAUGAGCCGGCCUUGGUUUAAACCCACAACCUUCCAGUCUCAGGGCGGACACUCUACCCCAAGGCCACUGAGCUGGUAAUCGUUGUCUUCCACUAUGGUUUUGUAUGAAGUUGUGUUUUGGUUUUCUUUACAGUUAUGGUAUCGGGGUACUUGUAAAAAUUGUAUAGACAAAUGAUAUAAUUGAUAGUUAUGGUGUAGAGUUGGAGGGACACAAAAAAUUCCUUCUUGGGAGGUGUAACAGAAAGAAAUUGAGAAGCACUGAUAAAAAUAUGUGUUUUGUUGUUCGUAUGUGUUUAUACCAAAUAGCACAAAUCGUGUAUUUUGCCAUGAAAAACUGUAUUUUAAUAUUU